UGUCCGUGCGUCACGCCCUCUACUUCCACGGUACACGCCUCCCCAAUGGCCAUACCGCCGGCGGCUUCCUCCUUCUCAAUUACCGCGACGCCGAGGUCGCCCGCGGCGGCAUUUACCUCGGGCCCGGUGCCCCCAUCAUCGAGGCCGAGUACCGCGCGCUCGUCGCCGGCCUCAACACCGCCUCCCACCUCCGCGUCUCCAUCCUCCGCGUCUAUGGCGACUCCCAGCUCGUUGUCAACCACGUCUCGGCGGAGUGGUACGCCCGGAGCCCUCUCACGCAGGCGCUGUGGCGCCGGGUCCGGGCGCUUAGCCGCGAGAGAUUUAGCUCUUUCUCGAUCGAGCGAGUGCCCAGCUAUGGAUAUAAUGGCGCCGCGGAUGUGUCGCACGUAGCUGCGAGCUUGCGCUCGGAUUUCUGCCGCACCGGUGGCACUCGCGUGUUUUGAUUCGACUCUUGCUAGGAAUGUAGCUGUCGAUCGAUCGAAUCGAUCGAGUUCUUCCGAGGAACACGAUCACCAUUUCGUUUGAAAUAUUUUUAGGACCUAGGGUACAAUGCUAGUGAAUCUUGUCCAAUGCCAUGGCGGCAGCGCCUUGGAUCGCGCAGCACGCUCCCGCUCGGAAUCGCCAGUUCUUGGUGGCGCCAGGACGGAUUCCAUCGGAUUUGCCAGGAAAUCUGUGAGCAGGGUCUAUGUCUUGGACGUCCAUCCGCUGUGCUACCGCGGGAGCAAGCCGGAUUCCAGCGAGUUUUUGUGGUGGAUGAGAGCGUUUCUUCGCAGGAUUGUGCUUGACGAUCCAGUGAUUGCUCGCAGGUUUUCGAUGGCGAAUUUGGGAAUGACUAUAGGAGAAAAAUUCUUCCUUCUUACAAGGAGUUUGAAAGCAGUCAUUGCAUCCCCGGAUAAAGAUUUCAAGCAGCUUGUUUCGGAAAACGUCGAGCUGCUGAUUCCGUUCGCGGAUCUACGAAGGUGGUCAUUUUACACUGUCAAGGAUUACGUUGAACAACACAAAUGCGAGCCUGUGAUUGAAUUGGGACUUCCUCUGAAACUUAUGAGGAAGCACGGCUCGCUAGAAAAUCUAUUAAGUGCAGCGGCAAUUCGGACGGUUGGGAAGCCAUACAUACAAGAUGCUCUCAAGGAGCAUUCCGUGUUGCUUGAGAAAAACUUGGAAGUUUUGUCCUUACGCAGGGAUAAAUCAAACGAUCUUGCUGCAUUGCAGUGGCUGGAGAAAGAACUUGAAAUGCUGCAACGUGUCUAA